AUGGCCCAAAUAGAGAAAGCUAUCUUGCACGCAGGAAAUACAACUCCAGGAAAAGAUGAACUGCCGACUAGCAUACUCAAGAUAGCAUGGCCUAUAAUUAGAGACAGAGUUCUUGCUCUCUUUCAGGGCUGCUUAUCAGUAGGCUACCACCCGCAAUGUUUCCGCCAUGCAAUCCUGGCAAUUAUCCAGAAACCAAACAAGGCGGAUUGGUCCAGUCCCAGGUCGUACCGGCCAAUUGCCCUUCUCUCAGUCUUAGGCAAAGGCCUAGAGCGCCUCCUGGCGCGGAACAUGGCAUGGAUUGCAAUCCGCUACAGGAUACUUGCUAGCCAACAGUUCGGAGCCCUACCUCUCCGUUCAGCAGUCGACCUAACUACGUGCCUACUGCAUGAUGCAGAGCUAGCACUAAACCAGGGAAAGGUUGCCUCCUUAUUCACUCUUGAUAUCAAAGGCGCCUUUGACGGGGUCCUUCCUGGCAAGCUAGUCUACCGACUUCGCACGCAGGGCUGGCCUGACAACCUGAUUCGCUGGGUAGCUUCCUUUAUCACAGGCCGCACAGUGCAGAUCCGACUAGACGGUGAACUAGGGCCCCUAAUCGACAUACUCUGCGGCCUGCCGCAAGGCUCACCCAUAUCCCCCAUCCUGUUUAUGCUCUAUAUAGCCCCCUUGUUCCAGCUGGACAAGCCCCGAGCCAGAUUUGGCUAUGCAGAUGACGCAGCAUUCCUUGCAAUAUCAUUUACCCUAUGGGAGAACUGCCAAACCCUGUCAAACUCCUUGCAAGAGGCCCUGGAUUGGGGCUUGUCAGAAGGGAUAACCUUUGCACCAGACAAAUAUGAGCUGCUCCACUUUUUACGGCACAGAGCUGAUUAA